CGUUGACUUGGGUGCUUGGAUACUGACACGCGCGGCUCCAAGGCUGCGAUAAAUUCUUAUCACUUGGUUCUAGUCAGCGGUCUCUGUUUCUUCAAUUUGCACUGGCUCCGACUUGAAAUUGCCUGGACACCUCAUCUUUAUUUGUCAAAUCACUUCUCGUCUGUGUUCCGGCUCACGCACACAGCUGAGCACUACUGAGACGGCGGACAAUCGCUCACUCUUCGUGUCAACCAACUUCUAUUGAGUCGGUCUCAGGCGCAAGAGGAGAGAGGGAGAACCGUGUCAUUCCAGUGUAGAAGCUCAUAUAGUGUGAGACGGGAUCAGACUAUUUGGGAUCGUCGCGUUCCCUCUAUCACGACAGCGAUGGUCGUCGACACAUCCUACUACGACGCACUCGGCGUCAAACCCGAUGCCACCGAAUUGGAAAUCAAGAAAGCAUACCGAAAGCUUGCCAUCACAACCCACCCUGACAAGAACCCCGGCGAUGAGACCGCACACGUUCGAUUCCAAGCCGUUGGCGAAGCCUACCAAGUCCUCUCCAAUAAAGACACGCGCGCCGCCUACGAUAAAUAUGGCAAAGAAAAGGCAAUGCCCAGCCAGGGCUUCGAAGACCCCGCCGAGUUCUUUAGCAUGAUCUUCGGAGGUGAUGCCUUCGUUGAUCUGAUUGGCGAACUGACCCUUCUCAAGGACCUCACCCACACCAUGGACAUAACAAUGGAGCAAAUGGAGGAAGAAGAGCUCGCAAAGAGCGCCGAGGAAAAGCUCAACGUCCACAAUGCAGAAGAACAACAAGCCACAGCCGCUACCGCAGCCAGUAUGAACGCCAAAGAGGCGGAAGCCAAAGCAGACACCACCAGCGAAAGCAUGUCUCCCCCACCUCCUCCCUACGUAGGCGAAGAGCCAUCCACAUCAGCAUCUGCGGGCCACGGCUCAGGCACAUCCACUCCUCGACGCUACCUCGGCCAACAAGCCAUCAUGGACAAAUCCGAAGAAGAUGCCCGCAUGGACGCGGCGGGCCUGUCCCAAGAAGAGAAGGACCUCCAAAAGAAGAAGAAAAAGGGCGGCCUGACGAAGGAACAACGCGAGAAACUGGAAGCCUACGAGCGCGAACGACGCAAGGCGCGCGAAGAUCGCGUUGACACCCUAGCCAAGAAACUCGUCGACCGCAUCUCAAUCUGGACGGAGACAGACAAAGGCCCCGAAGUCACGGCGGCUUUUCAAGAGAAGACGCGCCUCGAAGUCGAGAAUCUUAAGAUGGAAUCCUUCGGAAUCGAAAUCCUUCACGCCGUGGGACAGACGUACUUGCAGAAAGCGACGAGUUUUCUGAAAUCCCAGAAAUUCCUCGGCAUCUCUGGCUUCUUUUCUAGGUUAAAAGAUAAAGGCACUCUCGCCAAGGAAACGUGGAACACCAUCUCGACCGCCAUCGAUGCGCAGCUCACCAUGGAGGAGAUGGCCAAGCUCGAGGAGAAGGGCGGCGCGGACUGGACAGAUGAGAAGAAAGCCGAGUACGAACGCAAGGUCACGGGGAAGAUCCUGGCCGCGGCGUGGAAAGGAAGUAAAUUUGAGAUCCAAGGCGUGUUACGCGACGUCUGCGACAAGAUCCUGAACGAUAAGACCGUCAGGUUGGAGAAGAGAAUCGAGCGAGCGCACGCCUUGGUCUUGUGUGGAACGAUUUAUCAAAAGGCCGAGCGCGAUCCCGACGAAGAAGGCGACUUUAUGGCCUUCGAACAACUAAUGGCCGAGAGCGUUAAGAAGCAGGAGAAGAAGAAGGAAAAGGAAAAGGAGAAAGAUAAAGAACCUUCUUCGUCAAAACACCAUUUCGGCCAUAAUCAUGCGAGCACGCCGUCAUGAGUGCCGGGCGCAUGCAUGGCCUUUCCUUCCUAUCCCUUUUCGCUCUUUUUCUUGCGAUGACACACGACAGGAAGCGUGUCCACCGACAGCGAACAAGCGGUUUAUGGGAUUGGUAUGAAAGCAGAAUAGAAUGUGUGGGGUUUAAUUUUAAUGGAAUAAUGGGAUCAUUUCCACCACACUACGCUUCCCAGACGCCAUCCUUCUCGGAUGUUGAAUUGUAGCUAGAGUCGCUAGAUGUUUGGGUGUUUAUGCCGGGCACAAUUUUCAUACUCCAGGUGAAGGUGUUGUGUUGUGCAUAUCGAGCUUACAGGCCACCGGGCUUAUUCUUUUUCCUUGGUCUUUUCUCCCUCCUCUGCACGAUAGAUUGCAUAUAUUCCCGGCCAGCAGUUUGUUUCAUAAGCACCAGGCAAAGCAGAAGAGAGA